AUGGCCAAAGCUGUGCUUGAUGGUGUCAUGCGUCAAAGUCUGCUACACAUCACUUCUUGGCAAAACACAAUGCUUUUUCCUCAUAAAGUGUUGGUUAAUACAACAACUGAUGUGUCAACUAAUACAACAACUGAUGUGUCAACUAAUACAACAACUGAUGUGUCAACUAAUACAACAACUGAUGUGUCAACUAAUGCAACAACUGAUGUGUCAACUAAUGCAACAACUGAUGUGUCAACUACAGUAAUACAACAACUGAUGUGUCAACUAAUACAACAACUGAUGUGUCAACUACAUAAUACAACAACUGAUGUGUCAACUAAUGCAACAACUGAUGUGUCAACUAAUACAACAACUGAUGUGUCAACUAAUACAACAACUGAUGUGUCAACUAAUGCAACAACUGAUGUGUCAACUAACACAACAACUGAUGUGUCAACUAAUACAACAACUGAUGUGUCAACUAAUACAACAACUGAUGUGUCAACUAAUACAACAACUGAUGUGUCAACUAAAUCAUGA